AUGGAUGGCAGUUUUGCCAAGCGGUAUUCAUUGCCAUUUGAGGGUGCAGCUCUAAGGUCCUCGUCCGCGAACAACUUGCCAACAAACUCGACCGCUGGACUUCACGAGCACAAGAAAGACUCGCCGUUAGGAAUGAAUCAUUUGCUUGACUCAGGAAGCCAUCUUUCGUCGAUCAGAUUUGCAGCAGCGCACAGAGCACAAGCCGAAGCUGUCGCUUUCGAUCAAAAACCGCCUGGGAUGUCGUCGCAGCAGACUCUAUACCAUUCGUUUCCUGCGUAUCGUCAUGUUUCUGCUCAAGGCUUCCCACCUCACGAGUUUAUCCAUCACCAGGACUCGCACUUAGGCUCUGCUAACAUAGCGAGUUCUCACUCGUUGGCUCUUCACGACCCCAUCGCUUCCAACACGCCCAAUUACUCACAUAGGCACAACAUGUUCAGUUCGCCACCAACCGCUCCAAUUCACGGAAACAACAUAAACUACCAUCACGCAGUGACGCAUAAAGGCUUAGAUGUCACGAGCAAUCCGCAUAUACACUACGGAGCUCUUACGCCGGGGCACGAGGUAACAUCUCCACAUCAUGGAAUGCCUCCGGUUCUCAACAAUCAGCUCAGGUACCGCGGAGACUUUUAUUCGCGAACAGAUCGCUUUGCACAAGGCGGUCUCGGAAGCCCUUUCUUGGAUCAUGGACCUCCAGGUUAUGGAGGGCCAGGAGGACCCGGAAUGUAUCACCUUCCUCUAAUAAAACAGCCCACAAACCAAAUACUUACCUGUCUUUGGGUAGACCAGAACCCAGUGCAAGGAAAACGGAAGCCUUGCGGUAAGCAGUUCACCAUGAUGCCAGAUCUAGUGUCGCAUAUCUCGGACGAGCAUGUAAGUAUCAAUGAUUCCAACCUCCACGUUUGCUACUGGCAAGAGUGCGUGAGAAGCGGACUACCCUUCAAAGCAAAAUACAAGCUGGUCAAUCAUAUUCGAGUCCAUACUGGAGAGAAACCUUUCCCUUGCCCCUUUCACGGCUGCGGGAAACUGUUUGCUAGGUCUGAAAACCUAAAGAUUCACAAGAGAACUCACACGGGUGAGAAGCCAUUCGAGUGUGAGUUCCCUGGCUGCGAUCGUCGCUUCGCCAACUCGAGCGACCGGAAAAAGCACUCUCACGUGCAUACCUCAGACAAACCGUACAUCUGCAAAAUCGAAGGGUGCAAUAAGAGUUACACACAUCCCAGCUCACUAAGAAAACACAUGAAACUUCACGAGACCGGUGGACUCAGGCCAUUGUCGCCGCCUAUUUCUCAAACAAACGGGCAGCGGGAUAGUAUAAGUUCAGACAGGGACAGUCCUAUAAAACCUUCCGCUAGAACGCCUUCUCCAAGAGGGCGAUCGAACACUGAGAACAGCACAGAAUGGUACUCUUGUUAG